UAUACAGCCUGGGCUAAUGCUACGUUCUUGAAAGCUGGACCAGGCGAUAGUCUUGAAAAAAGAAACACUGAUUCUAUCACAAUGCCAGUGAGUCCAGUACAAGGAGCCACUAUGGCCACAAAGCUGUUACUGGUGCUGUUGUGCUGGGCAGCACUGUGCAGUGCAAUGCCGGACCCAAAUUACAGAGAAUACUUGAUGAAGACAGAGAAAUCACAGCAAACGGGUGGCAGAGUACUUCUCACAAAUGCUGAGGAGCAACUUAGUGUGCUGUUGCAGAAAAUGAAGCAGGAAGAAAUGGAAAGUUCUGAAUUUCCUCCAGCCAUGCAUUUCUUUAAGGCUAAACCCCUGAUAAACCACAGCUCCCUCUUCAAGUUACUACAGAAGAUGCCUAAAGGUGGAGCGCUUCAUGUCCAUGAUUUUGCAUUGGUGGAUGUGGAUUGGCUGGUGAAAAAUGUAACAUACAGGCAACUUUGCUAUGUUUGUUUUACUGAUGAUCAAUCAGUGAGAUUCAUUUUCUCUUCCCAUCAACCAAAACCUAUUCCUCAUUGCUCUGAAUGGAUGCUACUUGAAACUCUGAGGGCCAAGAUUGACAACACUACAGAUUUGGACAACAGCCUCAUACGCAACCUAACACUUUACACUGAUAACCCAGAGGCUGCAUAUCCUAAUCAAGAUGUUGUGUGGAAGAGGUUUGAGGAAACCUUCCUUGCCGCAUGGGGAUUGGUAACACAUGCUCCUGUCUUCAAGGAUUACUUCUCUGAGGGCCUGAAACGAUUCAGUGCUGACAAUGUCAUGUAUUUGGAGCUGAGGGCAUUGCUACCACAGACAUAUGAGCUGAAUGGAACCUUAAAUGACCGAUUCUGGACCCUGAGAGCAUAUCAAGAAGUAUUAAAACAGUUUGUAGUUGAACAUUCAGACUUUUUUGGAGCCCGGGUGAUUUUCACAGCUAAUAGAGGAAUUAAUGCAUCAGAGUUGAAAGAAGUCAUUGAGGAGGCAGUUAAACUACAGAGAGAGUUUCCUGAGAUUAUGGCUGGGUUUGACUUGGUGGGGCGAGAGGACACUGGGAGGCCCCUUUGGUACUUCAAGGAACCCUUGUCCUUACCAGAACAACUGGGAGUCUCUCUGCCUUACUUCUUUCAUGCUGGAGAGACUGAUUUGCAAGGGACAGAUGUGGACGGGAACAUGCUGGAUGCUCUCCUAUUUAAUACUUCACGCAUUGGACAUGGAUUUGCUUUGGUGCGCCAUCCAACUACCAAGGCCCUUUCUCGGAAAAUGGGGGUAGCAGUGGAGGUGUGUCCCAUAUCCAACCAAGUACUGAAGCUUGUGUCAGACUUGCGUGACCAUCCUGCUGCAGUUUUGAUGUCUGAGGGUCACCCCCUCGUGAUUAGUUCAGAUGACCCAGCCAUAUUCGGUGCAAGUGGUCUCUCAUAUGAUUUUUAUGAGGCAUUUGUGGGCAUUGCUGGACUGACAUCUGGUGCAGGCACACUGAAAGAACUUGCAAUAAACUCCAUCAGGUACAGUUCCUUAUCCCCUCAGCAAAAAGAGGAAGCAUUGUCCAUAUGGCAAAAAAAGUGGGACAAAUUUGUGAUGGAGAAUUUACCAUAAGUUUUUUUUUUCCUAUAACCGGCUGUGUGUGUAGGAAAUAAUGAAAUAUGUUGCGGGUCAUACAACUGCUGGUCUAAUUCUUCGGUCAGAAAGAAUGCAAAUCUUCCAGGGAGAUGUUAUUGACCAUUUAUUCCACAAUCCAAAAGUAUGUGACUGGUAUGUUGACAAACAAAUUAUAAUUUGUUAAGUUGUGUUGAGUUUGUCAUAUUGUGUUGUGUCAAGUUGUGGUUUCUAGAAAAUAAUAAAUACAGAAUACAAUCAGCAUCGCAUUCUAACUGUGCAAUCAAGACAUGCUAAAUAUACAUAAUGAACAGGUUCAAUGUCAGUAAUAACACCACGAAGUGGGAGUAUAAAGUAGCACGUGGAAAAGCCUAAAACAACGUGACUUACAUGGCUAUACAUUGUAACAGUCUGCCAUCCGUAAUUACAAAUGGCAUUACAGAUAUAAAGUGCCAACAGCUAAGCUUGCAUGAAUAUACGAUAUUGUAACAUGUUAACUAUGAAAUUAUAGCAUUAACACGAUGUGUGAAUCACGAGAUAUAUGACUGACUAAUUGCUAAACAUUCCACACAUUCGCGGCAAUUAAGCUAAUAUGUUUUAAGACAUUGUACUCUUAUUAAACAACAGUUAAUGUAAAUGUCACUUACAUUUGGUCAGCAACGCACAACAGGACAAAACUAGAAAACGUAAUUUCGAGGAAAUUACCAGUGCAUGCAAAAGCAAGACAUACGUACAUUAAGAUAAAAAUGUGAAACAAACGUCCGAUUGUAUGCUUUAAGCUUGAGACAGAGUAGAUUUAGUCUUUUGAGUAAAGCUUGAAUGAGGGGCAUUAGUUAAAGGACUACAAUCUUUCAAUAAUCUUCCCCGAAUCUUGUCAAAGUCUGUCAGUGUAAGGUAGGCUUAAGGGGCAGUGUGUGCAGAGGUGGAAAACCAGCUAAUUAGUAUUAGCCGAUUCUAAUUAGUACAACUCUUUAGCCAGGUAGAGCAGCUAGUUGGUGAGAUCACCUGUGUUAAGUGCACAGAUAGAACCAAUACGUGAUUGGACUUUUACUCUCUAAAGCUUGACUUUUUCACCUCUGAGUGUGAGUGAGCGUGUGUGUGUGUGUGAGUGGAUGUUGUCUGUAAGGAGUGUGGCUUUCUAUGAUGCAGUGAAGUGGGGGAGUUAGGUUAAGGUGAGAGUGUUGUGGAGUGCAUGGAGAAAUGUGGUAUAUAUGAAGUGCUGCAGUCAGGUGUGCGUGUGUGGAUGAGUGAAUGGUUUGACAGAGAGAGCUGAGCUGAUGAGAGAGCAGUAAUGCAGGUUCAAUUUAACUGGCUGUCAAUUAAACUUGAUAGGGCCUUGAGCAGCUGGCUCUUGACACAGGUGCAAAUUAGCUUAAUCAGCAUCCUCUGUGAUUUCACAGCAGUGCAGUGUGAUAGACCUCUGAAGUUCGCCCACAAAAAAGCUUGCCAUAGGCAGUUGGCUUCAAUUAACUCCCGAUCCCUCAUAUGGGCAAAGAUGGCAGCUUUGGAUCCUUUUUGUAGGCGAACUUCAGAGGUCUAUGAAAAGUCAAUGGGGAAAAAUAUUUUGCUAAUAUCUCAAAAAGUUUAAAGUUUACAGAACUGAAAUAUACAUAGGCCUACACUUAGUCUCACAUACACGUGGACUUUUCUGUUUUUGUUUGUUUUAUUAUUUAUUUGACAUUUGUUUAUUUGUUUGUCUGUCUUGUGUGUUUAGGUGUCACGGGUACGCUGGCGAUUACGCCACCGUCCGGUAUCUUUUGUCUGUGUCUUGUUAUUUUGUGAAAUUGUUUGUUGUGUUGUUGUCACGGGUACGCUGGCCGUUACGCCACUUAGUCAAUCAUUUUUUGUCUUGUCUCAUGAUGUUAUUUUGUAAAUUUGUUUGUUUCAUGUCGUCACGGGUACGCUGGCGACUACGCCAUUCCGUUCGUCACUAUUUGUAUCAGUGUUGUGUGUAAAGCGCUUUGGGUUGCACUCAGUGCACGUGAAAUGCUCUAUAUUGUAGCCUCAGCCACAUAAAGUGCUUUUCAAAUUAACUUGAAUUAAUGAAUAAGUUAGUUAUGUUUACAUUUGAGCGAAGUAGGCUUAUUUAUAGCCUAUUUCUUAAAUAUUACAAAUGUCUAUGUAAAUGAACACAUAGAAAGCCUGGCCAGGCGCUGAUCCGUUUUGGUACAUUCUCCCUUUAAAGAAUAUAUGGGCGUAAAUAUAGAGUGAGCAUGAGCCUAGGAAGUCUAUAGGGUCUUUCACUGUCACUCACCUUGUCACCGUCGCACGCACCCACCUUCUCACUCUCUGUCCUAUGGCCAUAGACCCUUUAUAUCACAUGCUCCGUUUUGAAUGAGACGCGGAAAGAGGAAUGAAUGGAGGUAGACGAAUGCCGGUAACGCAAUGGUCUGAUAUCCUUCAGAAUUUCUUUAACAAGUCCGAAUUAAUGAAUGUCAAGUAUUGUGCUAUUUUUGUAUGGAUUACUCUUCAUCAUUACGCCCGUUUUGCUAUGGAAUCUACUGUCGGACUUUCGCAAAUGAACUGAAUUACAAAGAGGUGAGAUCGCUCCUUUUUUCUCUCUAUUUUUUGCUGGCGGGAUUUCCGAGAAAUUGUCUAGGCCUACUUGUUUUUUUCACCGAAUGUACGGAUUACCUGCUUUUUUGGAUUUUAUGGACUGUUGAAAGUUUUGCUUUUUUGUUGGAAAGCGCACGGCUGUGCGCGGGGUUUUUGGUUUGGAGUUCGCUGCUUAGGCCUACGCAGUGUGUGGACUAAAAGACUCUGCCCGAUUGGGCUGCUAUCUCUCUCUCUCUCUUUCUCCCAUAUCACAAAUUCACUCACACAAAUAAAUACUCAC